AUGUUUCUGGAGCGGAACGCCAACUGUCAAAAAUAUUAACUCUUCCGUUUGUCAACACAAGACGCAGUUCAACCAAUUCCCCUCUGAGUUGAGAUUGUUAAGCGGUUUUUAAAACGCAAAUCUACUAGUUAUGCGGAAUACACAACGUUGCUACAGCUAGCUUUGGACUGCAUUCACUUUGACAUCGGAUUUCGUCAUCAAACAUGGAGAAAUUUGAAGGCUACAUCUUCACUGCUCUCUGCAGCACCAACUUUCUGGUUUCCUGCCUGCUGUUCUCCAGAGUCACCCGGGAGCAAAGGGAGCCCUACAUGGACGAGAUAUUUCAUGUGCCACAAGCUCAGAAGUACUGCCAUGGCAAAUUCAACGAGUGGGACCCAAUGAUCACGACCCUCCCAGGCCUCUACCUCGUCUCUGUGGGGGUCAUUAAGCCUGUGGUCUGGCUUGCUGACCUCACAGGCCAGGUGGUGUGUUCCACGGCCAUGCUGCGCUUCAUCAACCUGCUCUUCAACUGCGGCAACCUUUACCUGCUCUACUUGCUCAUCUGCAAACUGCACUCCCGGGAGAAGACACGAACAACCUCCCGGCGAGUCCUCUCUGCGCUGUCUCUGUCCACCUUUCCCGUGCUCUACUUCUUCAACUUCCUCUACUACACGGACGCCGGAUCUACUUUCUUCAUCCUCUUCACGUACCUCAUGACGCUGUACAGCUGCCACAAGGCCUCGGCGUUCCUCGGCUUCUGCUCAGUGCUCUUCCGCCAGACCAACAUCAUCUGGGUGGCGUUCUGCGCAGGCACGUUGGUGGCCGCCAAAAUGGACGAGGCCUGGAGGGUGGAGUAUUCGAAAAAGAGGGAUGAGAAGUCUCCUCCAUCCCAGGUCCCGCUGUCAUUCGGUGGAGCUAAGAAGGUGAUACUUUUCACGCUGGAGUUCCUCACCUCGCCUAGUCAUGUGAAGUCGGUGCUGCUGGUGGCCUGGCCUUACGCUGUAGUCGGCGUGGGCUUCCUGGCGUUCAUGGUGUUCAAUGAUGGGAUAGUGGUGGGUGACCGGACGAGCCAUGAGGCCUGUUUCAACUUCCCCCAACUCUUCUAUUUCUUCUCCUUCGCCCUCUUCUUCUCUCUCCCUGUGUCACUUUGUUACCACCGCGCUCUACGCUUCCUCCAGGCUCUGAAGAAGCAGCCUCUGUUCUUCCUCUUCGUCACGGUCGUCUCCUUGCUCCUGGUGUGGAAGUUCACCUCUGUCCACAAGUACCUGCUGGCAGACAACCGCCACUUCCCCUUCUACGUGUGGAAAAGGCUUUUCCAGAAGCAUGAGCUGGUGCGCUUCGUCGUUGUCCCUGCAUACGUGUUUGCAGGGUGGAAUUUUCUGGACUCCUUCAAGUCGCGCUCACUGUUCUGGAGUUUGGCGUUCCUGGCGUGCCUCCUGGCUGCCACGGUCCCCCAGAAGCUGCUGGAGUUCAGGUACUUCAUUGUCCCUUAUCUGAUGUACCGCCUACACAUGCCCCUGCCCUCUCUGCCCAGACUCGUCGUUGAGUUUGUCCUGUACACGGCGGUCAAUGCUGCCACACUUUACAUCUUCAUCAGUAAGACCUUCCACUGGCCGGACAGCACAGCCACACAGAGGUUCAUGUGGUGAGCCAAAGAGACUCAAACAGGAAGUCCGGAACAAUCCAUUUUUUCCAGAACACCACAGCAUAUGUGACAUUCCAGAAAUCAAGGAACAGGUUCUGUUACAUCGCAGUGACUUGUGGUAUUCUCACAAUUCGAACAAAUGGUCUGCAAGAUUGUUUAAAAAGGGACUGCCACGAAAAAUCAGGUGCUUGUUUUAACGUGACAACUGGCAUUAAAUAUGAUCUGAUCUGAGGUUCUUAGGGUAAAAUAAUGCUGUGUUUCGUUUUCAGUGAUAAAACCCUACAUUUUUGGCUUUCACAAUACAGUAGUGGUGACUGUGUUGUAAAAACUGUUCUAAAUGAUCAUGGCCAGAGAAGAAUACCCUGUAUUUCAAUGUUGUUUUCACAGUAGCUACACAAAAAUGGGUGGGAAUGUUGAUCCUUCUUGAGGGUUGAAAAACAAAUAAUGUAAAUUUGAGGAUUCUGGGAAAUACCAAGGCUGGGUGUGGCUUUUCUAUGUCUGUCUAUUUCUUACUUUAAAUGUAAAUAUUGUAUGUAGUUCUUUGGAUCAAUCUGAGGUGUUACAUGCUCUGUAAAUACAACUAAAGAGACCAAAAAUAAUAGCCAUAUUGUCAAGUUCAGAAUGUAUGUAUGGGAUGUUUAGUAAUGAUUUAACUUGUUAUCAGUGAAGAACACUGACACAUUUGACCCACAAACAACUUACAAGACAAUGGAACAAUAAUUAUGGAACUAAAUUGAAGAUAGACAUAAUGUUUUCUGAUUAUUGUUUUUUUUUCUUCCAAGCCAUAAAGAGCCACUGGAUUCAGAAUGUCUUUUUUCUCGUUGUUUUUCUUCUUAGUAGUUUGGUUGUUAACUGUAUUUUUGCUCAGAAUUUUGGCUAUUUUUACUGUUAUGUGUUCUGUGUAUAUACAUGAAUUUAUUCAUGACCAAUUAGCUAUAUGCUGCUCUCCUGUUAAUAAAAUCUUGUUGAUAUCUUUGAAUAAAAUGACUCGUAAAAUAUGA